AUGUGUUUACACUGGAUGUCCUGCCCGUAUCUGUGCCCCAGUGCAUGGAUCUCUGCAGCAGUGGCUCUUCAGCAGGCAAAGCUCGGAAGCAUAAUCUUCGGCAAUGAGAAGUAUUUCUACCUCCUCACUCAUGGAGCUGGAGACGCCAAAGACCAAGACCAGCGAACCAGUCUGGUUUUCUGA